AUGGGUGUCUGCCAGUCAUGUUGCGGAGGCAAAUCCCGCGAUGGCCUCUACGAACCGGUCCUUGCCGAUAGCGAGCGCGAGGCGGUCGCCGACCUCCUACAGUAUCUCGAAAACCGAGGCGAGACCGACUUCUUCUCAGGCGAACCACUCCGGGCCCUGAGCACGCUUGUUUUCUCAGACAAUAUUGACCUUCAGCGAAGCGCCAGUUUGACCUUUGCAGAGAUCACAGAGAGAGAUGUUCGCGAGGUUGAUCGCGACACUCUCGAGCCCAUUCUUUUCCUACUCCAAAGCCCUGACAUCGAGGUUCAGCGAGCCGCGAGCGCUGCAUUGGGCAACCUUGCUGUGAACACUGAGAACAAAGUCCUGAUCGUACAGCUUGGCGGCCUCACCCCACUGAUCCGCCAGAUGCUCUCGCCCAAUGUCGAGGUGCAAUGCAAUGCGGUUGGCUGUAUCACGAAUCUGGCUACCCAUGAGGAGAAUAAAGCCAAAAUUGCACGUUCAGGCGCUUUGGGCCCGCUUACGAGGCUGGCCAAAUCCAGAGACAUGCGUGUGCAGCGUAACGCAACAGGCGCCCUCCUGAACAUGACACAUUCAGAUGAGAAUCGCCAGCAGCUAGUUAAUGCUGGAGCCAUUCCCGUCCUCGUGCAACUUCUGUCAUCCACGGACGUUGACGUCCAGUACUAUUGCACAACAGCUCUCAGUAACAUUGCUGUCGACGCGAGCAACAGACGGAAACUGGCUGCGACAGAGACAAAACUCGUCCAGUCUCUUGUUAAUCUCAUGGACUCGUCGUCGCCGAAAGUCCAGUGCCAAGCUGCUCUCGCUCUUCGUAAUCUGGCCUCGGAUGAGAAGUACCAGCUCGACAUUGUGCGUGCGCAAGGCCUAAGCCCACUUCUGCGCCUGCUGCAAUCUUCAUACUUGCCCCUCAUCCUAUCGGCCGUUGCAUGCAUCCGCAACAUCUCGAUACACCCGAUGAAUGAGUCGCCCAUCAUAGAAGCCGGGUUCCUGCGACCUCUGGUGGACCUGCUUGGCACCACAGACAACGAGGAGAUCCAGUGCCAUGCUAUUUCGACUCUACGGAAUCUGGCGGCUAGCUCCGACCGGAACAAGGCCCUGGUGCUCGAGGCUGGCGCUGUACAGAAAUGCAAGCAGCUUGUGCUCGAUGUGCCGGUCACGGUCCAGUCUGAAAUGACAGCAGCCAUCGCAGUGCUCGCCCUGUCCGAUGAUCUGAAGGGGCACCUACUCAAUCUGGGAGUCUUUGAUGUCCUCAUCCCCCUAACGCAUUCCGAAAGCAUCGAGGUGCAAGGUAACAGCGCUGCCGCGCUGGGGAACCUUUCUUCUAAAGUGGGCGAUUACGCGACUUUCACAGGAGCCUGGACGGCACCACACGGAGGCAUUCACGGUUACCUGAGCCGCUUUUUGGCGAGUGGCGAUGCGACAUUCCAGCAUAUUGCCAUCUGGACUUUGCUGCAGCUUCUCGAGUCAGAAGACAAGACCUUGAUUGGACUGAUCGGCAAGUCGGAGGAUAUCGUGGAUAUGAUUAAGCAGAUCGCCAAUCGCCAGAUUGAUUCAGACAAUGAACUUGAAGAGGACGACGAGGGCGAGGUCAUCAAUCUGGCCCAGCGGUGCCUGGAGCUCUUGGGACAGACGACCUCCAAAGCUCACAUCGAGGGCUAA